GGGGCCUCCCGAGCUCUGGGCAGGUCCUUUCAGUAGACGGGUCGUCCGGAUUGAGAGGAGGGGCAGGACCCAGCCACAGCCAGGACACCUCAACCCACGCGCCCUGAGCAGCCCCCCAAAACAGCAUCACAAGAGGGCAGAACGCGGCGGAGGGGGUUCACAUGGACAGACUACUAACAAAACGCGCCUGGAAGGAUGAGUUCUGGCAGAACCCCUUGGACCAGGGGGGCCUGGUAGUGAUCUGCUUGUUCAUCAUUACGGUCCUGUUUCUCAUCUUGUUUGCUAUUGUGUUUGGUUUACUCCCCCCACUUGAUAGGGUCAACCAGUGUGAAGAGUCGUGACCUGACUUUCUGCGGGCCAAGAAGGGGGCCACUGUUAAUACACUCUCAAAACACCAUGUACCGUUUCUCCAAAGCCCUUUUAACAGUCUGGAAUUAUACAUUUUUCAUGUGAUUAUCUGAUAAGUGCCUGUCUUCCCCACUGGUCCAAGCAACAAAAAGCAGGGGCUGGGUCUCUUUCUGUUCCCCAUUGUACCCCCUUUUCUGAUGUGCCCUCGCACAGAGUCAGUAUCAAUCAAUAUUUGCUGGUUGAAUAAAUGAAUGA